AUGGCGGCCAACAUUAGAGCACAACUGAUUUUGGAGCAAUCAAGUAAACGACAGAGGCUCAAUCAUUUUCCAAAGCUUCUUCCUAACGAACAAGUCGAAGUACGAAGUGUUGAAGAGGGAUUCCAAGGUUCUUGGCAUAGUGGCAUCGUGAUAGAAGCUAGAACUCAGUUUCGUAUGGUCAAAUAUGAUCAUCUCUUAUGUGACGACAGUUCAAGUAACCUUAUCGAGUCCAUCCCAGUUCUAUUUGCAGUUGAUGGCAAAAUUCCAGCUGGUUGGCGUUCAUCCGAUUUCCCUAAUUAUCGUGGCAAGAUAAGGCCGGUUCCCCCUCGGUUUAUCCAUGAUGAAAGUUGCCUCCAUUAUGGACAGUGUGUAGAUGUGUUUUAUAAAGAUGCAUGGUGGGAAGGUGUCAUUUUUGACCAUUUUGAUGGUUCAGAUGAACGAUUAGUGUUCUUUCCUGAUAUGGGUGAUGAACUGAAGACCCCAUUUGAGUAUCUAAGGCUUACUCAAGAUUGGGAUGCAGGUAGCGAUGAAUGGAUGCUUCGAAGGGACUGGAUCUUUCUUGAGGUUAUCGAGGAAUUAAAGCAAGAAUGGCCGUUUCUUGUUUCAGUGAAACAGAUUUGGUAUGAAGUGAGGAUGACAAAGUGUUUUGUUGAAGAAAUGAAAGAAUGGAUGUGCCCUGUGAAGCAAAGAUGGAAAGAAACUGUUAAGGAGGUAAUGGUGGAUAACUUUAAGUUGACAAUGGUGGAGUUCUUUCAUAGAUUUAACUUUUCUGAGGAUUUGCAUGAAGACCGUCCAUUUUUGGAUAUAAAGAAACGUAUUCUUGAUUCCAUUAUAAAUCUUGAACCAUCCUUUUUUGAAUCUCUUGUCGUUGAAGAGGAAUUUGCAACUUUACGCUCAAAUCCAGACCCACAUUUGGUUGUUAAAUCUGAUUACGAGAAUCUUAGCUCCCCUUCUGAAAACCCCAUUUCUGAAUGGAGCAAAUGUGUUGACUAUUGCGUUAUUGGAUCUGAUGUAUUUCCUCAAGCGGAGUGUUGUCCAGAUGCAAUUUUCAAAUACUUUGAGUACUUCGAAUCUGGUAAAAAACCUCCGGUUGAUGUAACAUUGAAAGUUAGGCAACAUCUUUCAUAUAUGGGUUGGAAAAUCGAGUCGAAGGUGUAUAGGAUUGGCUCAAAAGGGGCUGCUUAUUUUAGAUAUCGUUACACUGAUCCUAAUGGGAAGCAAUAUUAUUCACUUAACGUACUUUGUACAGAGUUAAACAAACGUUCAUCUGAAAGUAUUACUUUGAGUUCAUCUGAUGUUAAUGCAUAUCUUGAAACUCCAAUAUCAUCUACACUGGCCAAAGAAGAACCAAAAACACUUGUGAUUGAAUCUGACUUCUGUCCACAGGCCGUGGUUGAUUAUUGUUCAUUGUCAUUGGAAGCAAAUUCUGACUUGCGGAAGAGCAGAGAUGCUAGGGUUAGAAAACUGCAAACCAGUGCAACAAAGCAUCUUUUUGCUGUUGGGUGGUCAAAGUGCUAUACCGAGCGUCUUUCAGGUAGGAAGGUACUUGUAUACUGCUCGCCAAAUGGAAGAAAGUUUUAUGGUCUUCUUGAAGCCUGCAAUCAUUAUAUCAAGGAAUGUUUGUGCUGUGGAUUUGAUAAUAUCCGUGAGCUUGACAAAAUGGGAAAAGUCAAAGCAUAUGUAGACUUAAUCAAGAAGAAAGAUGGUCUUUUGCAUAUUAAAACUAUAUCUUCAUCGCCAUCAAAGAAGCAAGCGGUAAAACAAGAUGAAUCUUUGACAAAAUCAAGAAAUAGGUCAACUGGCGAUUCUUUGAGGACUACCCAUGUACUAAGGUCAAGCAAAAGGGCUCGGAAAGAGAUUUCCCCAAUGAACCAAACCCCACGAACGGUCUUAUCUUGGUUGAUAGACAAUAACGUUGUUUUACCUAGAGCAAAAGUACAAUACUAUUGCAGGAAAGAUGGUCGUACAUUGAGAGAAGGCCGAGUAACUCGUGAUGGAAUAAAAUGUAGUUGUUGCAAACAUACGUUUAGCCUCUCCAAGUUUCAAUCUCAUGCUGGAAGCACUUAUGGCCGACCAUCGGCUAACAUAUUUCUAGAGGAUGGUAGGUCCUUACUAGACUGCCAAUGCCAAUUGCAACAAAAUCUUGAUAAAAGUUCAAGAUUGAUUAGGAUGAAACCUCUGCGUAUAAAGGGAAACCGGCAUGAAAUAGAAAAUGACAAUGACUACAUAUGUUCUAUCUGCCAAUACGGUGGGGAAUUAGUUUUAUGUGACGAAUGUCCAUCAGCAUUUCACACAACGUGCCUGGGAUUAAAGGAGGUCCCGGAUGGCGAAUGGUUCUGUCCAUCAUGCUGUUGCAGAAUUUGUAAUCAAAACAGAUUCAACGGAAAUUAUGAACAAAAUAUGGAUAUGAACAUUCUAAACUGUGAACAGUGUGAAAGAAGAUAUCAUAUCGGGUGCUUAAAAAGAAGAGAAGGUUUCUUGAAGAUGGAGACUUAUCUUGAAGCAAAUUGGUUCUGUAGUUUGAGAUGUGAAGAGAUAUUUGUAGGGCUUCACAGGCUUUUGGGGAAGUCGAUUCCAGUUGGGAGGGAUAACUUAACAUGGACCCUACUGAAAUAUAAGAAGUCUGAAUCCACCAAUUAUGAUGCCUCAGAUAUGGAGGAACUAGCAGAAAAUUAUAGCAAGCUGAACGUUGCUAUCAGCGUGAUGCAUGAGUGUUUUGAACCAGUUAAAGAACCUCGCACUGGGAGAGAUAUAACCGAAGAUGUUAUUUUAUGUAGAUGGUCCGAGCUACAGCGUUUGAACUUUAAGGGUUUUUAUACAGUUCUCUUGGAGAAAGACGAUGAGCUGAUUUCUACGGCUGUAGUGAGGGUUUAUGGAGAGAAAGUAGCGGAACUCCCACUUGUUGGUACAAGAUUUCAGUAUCGUAGACGUGGAAUGUGUCAUAUUCUGAUGCAUGAGCUUGAAAAGCAACUUAUGGAACUAGGUGUGGAAAGACUAGUUUUGCCUGCUGUUUCGAGUGUGCUACACACUUGGACCAGAUCAUUUGGUUUCUCUUUGAUGACUGAAUCGGAGAAAUUGAAAUUUUUAGGCUGCACUUUUCUUGAUUUCCAAGGCACUAGAAUGUGCCACAAACUCUUGGUGAUAGAUCUUCCUUCCACAGAACCAAGCAUGUCAAGAGGAAAUGGUUGUGGUACUAUUGUAGAUUUAGAUAGAAUUAGUGCUGUUUCUAAAGUGUCACAAGAAGAAAGAAUCCAAGAGAGUGGAAAAGUUGAACAAUCUUCCUCAGAGCACAAUGGCAAAACAAAUCCUCUUGAAAUCUUGACGAGUCAACCAACUAACAUAGAACAUCGAAGUGAAACCAAAUGCUCUACAGAAGCAUCUAACCCCAGAGAAGGCAACAACAACAGCUUUCUCAAAUGCUACCAGCGGAGAAAAUUCAUGCCCACGAGAUUUGAGGUGCCUUUCCACAAGUAAAUGUGUUAAAAUAUGUAAGUAGCAACUAAUUCCCUUUUGAUAACAAUCCGAGUAGUGUAAGAACAUAUGCUAAGAGCUCAAGAUUUGCCUUCAUUUUCUCCCGUUUUUGGUUCAAAAAAUUGGUAAUGGAUGGAAAUGAAGGCAUGUUUUAUCUUCUAUGUAAAACCCGUCUCACAUGCAUAGAA